UUUGGAUGACAUGGACAAAUAAUGCAAUCCAUUGAGUCCUAUGAGGAGGUACCAACCAAGUAUUCUGCACUGUGUCCUCAAAAUUACCUAUGCAGCCAGCAGAAUGCAACUUAUAGGACAAUAUCGUAAAUUAUAAAGAGAUCAUGCCACAGGAGCAGCAGCCAGCAGACAGCAACUAACCUAUCAACCCGCCCUCUCCCUUGCAAGGUAACCCUUUUUUUUGCGAGAAAACCGAACAAGUCGCUUCAGCUAGCCAUUUUUUCAUAUCAAGAACUUGGAUGGAUGGAUAGAUCCUGCUUCCUUCCGAUACGUACAGAUACAGGAUGUCAACCAACUUCCUGCCAGUGCUGACUUUGGCUAAUCUGGGCCUAUGCUGCGUAUAAGCGCUCCAGGCCGAUCUCUGGAUCCAAAACCGUUAAUCUCGGUUAGCUAAGUGAGUUCAGAACUUGAGAUGAGAGAAUCAAACAGGGUUGUCUCGGAAAAAGGAGAAUGGAUCUGGUUGAAGGAGAGCAAAUUACCAAUGUGGACGAUCUUAUUUUUAUCUCAUAUGCUUGUAAUUAGUCAAAUAUGUGUCAACCACAUCAUGGGGACGAGUAUCCCAGUUACGGGGAUCUCUAUUAUGGUCUUGUGUGCAGAUGCUAUAAUUGUUUGUGGAGUCUCCAAGACGUGCUUGGGUCAGUAUCUAGAGGCUAUUGGAGUUGCACGCGUGGAGCUGCGCAGGAUGCAAAUCUCCCUCCAUCGUAUGGAUGCACUACUCACGUAUUCUGAUCAAAGCAUGGAAUGGGAGAAGAGCGUGGAUGAGUUGUAUUCUGAUCAGCGCGUGGAAUGGGAAAAGAGCGUGGAAGAUUUGCGUCACAAGCAUUUGCAGAUUGGUAUUGUGUAUGAUGGGCGCGGCCUAAAUUACUUGAAGAGUAUAUACUUCUGCUGGAUAGCACACCUCGAGCUUAAGUACACAACCAAUUAUCUCCUCAAGCAAGGACACACCUUACUGCACCCACAAUAUCAGUUGAGGGGAACCAUGGACUUCUACAGGACGAAGGUGCUUGAUUUCAUCGAGGACAUGGGCGCCGACUCCGGAUUGCUGGGGAUUUGGGGCAUGGGCGGCUUGGGCAAGUCAUCCCUUCUCAAGCUGAUCAGUGAUUCUCGUUCAGAGUAUGAUAAUAACGCUUCUUUAAAAGUCCUGUUUGUUCGUGCUGAUAUUGGAUGUACCGUUGGUCAGGUGCAAGAAGCUAUCGCCGUUAGUAUGGGGUUGCUUGUAACGGGCGAUGAGGCUUCCCAAGCAGAACUCAUUCAUGACCAUCUCACAGACAAGAACUUCUUAUUGCUGUUAGAUGAUCUAUGGGGAUAUCUUGAUCUGAAAGCUGUCGGCAUCCCCUCGCCACUUGGGACAGUCGUUGUAGUCUCUCGUCAGGGACAACGUUCAGUACCGCAGAAACGCCGCAAAGUUGUGUUGACAACAAGGAGACCAGAUGUGUGUAUCCAAAUGGGAUGCCAUGACAAGACCAUCCCAAUGGAGUGCUUGGAUGAAGAAGAUACUUGGAAACUCUUCCAUAAAGGUUGGCCUGUACCUGUAGUCGCCAAUAGAGUUGAUGGCUUUGCCACAGAAAGAGAUAAAUUGUUGUCAGAUGAGGUAGUAGAAGCCAGGCCACACACAGACGUCAUCCAGCAGCAGCGGCAAGAUCGGCUGCCGGAAAUGAUGAGCUCCUUCGAGAAGGUCCGCUAUUUCAUCGAGGACAAGGAUGCCCGGUCCACAUUGCUGGGGUUUUGGGGCAUGCGAGGCAUGGGCAAGACAUAUCUUCUCAGGCUCGUACGUGAUUUUUACACUCGCAAUCAUCCUUGCUUCGACCAUGUUCUGUUCGUUGGGGCUGGAACUGGAUGCGUGAUGAACAAUGUGCAAAAUGCUAUCGCCAUCAAUUUGAACAUGGAUUUGGCCAUGAUGUCAUCGUCAGAUGAGUUGUCCCGAGCCAUGCAUAUCUUCGCCUAUCUCGAACACAAGAGCUACCUGUUUUUACUAGAUGACAUAAGAGAGCCCCUUAAUUGGUGGGCUAUUGGCCUGCCAAUAUUCACGCGUAGGCAGCAAAAGAUCAUCUUAGCCACAAGGAGUCAGGCUGCGUGUACCCUCAUGGUUGGCCAAGCGAGAAACACCAUCGAGGUACGGCGUUUGGAAGAAGACGAUGCAUGGAAACUCUUCAGAGCCAAGGUUGGGCUCGGAAUCAUUGAUGAUCAUCCCCAAGUUCGUCAUCUUGCUGAGCAGAUGGUUUCACUGUGCGAAGGUUUGCCUCUAGCCUUAUGCUCCCUUGGUCGAGCCAUGUCAAGUAAGAGAGACCCCAGGGAAUGGAGGACCGCCUACAGUCAGCUUCGUCAGUUCAGGGACGUUGUGGGCUUGAAGCCCUGUGAAAUCGAUGACAAGAUGGCUUUGCUACUUUGAUCCUUAUUCCUUAACCAGCUGCAGAUGGUAGAGACCAGAGGACACGGAACAUCAUCUCAGAUGAAGAAAUGUAAGCCACGGCCUGGUUAUCCUUCCUGUCUAAAAGUUUGUUGUAAAAUUUUACUACUAUACUGUGUGGUUGUGGGUGCAAGAUAUGAACAGAUGUUUUCCCAAAAGGAAAAAAAAUGUGAACAUAUCAUUUGUGUUACUAUCGAGCCUUGAUUGAGUUCUUGAUUAGCAGCGAUAAA